CCUCUCAGUUCUGGCCCUCGACCGGUCCGGGCGCAGGGGCAGUAGCGCCCUUGAAUUUGCCCGCAAAGACACCUACGCACCCCUCUUAACCCGGCCCUCCAGGGAACCCCUGCAACGCGUCCUCGGACGAGCUGCUGUGUAACCAGCUACACCGACUGGCCUUCAGCAUACCAUGCGAGAUUAGCAUGUUCCCCGCACUGGAAACAGAGCUGAAGCAGGAGGUCGGUUCGCACCGCCCCGCAGAACUCCACAGAAACCCAGCCCUAGAUCAGAAGACUCUUCCUGAUCCCUACGAGGACUUUAUGUAUCAUCACCUCCAGUAUUAUGGCUAUUUUAAAGCUCAGAGAGGCAGUUUACCAAACUCUGCUACACAUCAGAGUGUUUGGAAGAAUAACCCCCGAUACCUAUUGAAUAGCUCUUUGGGAGAAAGAGAUGAUUUGAUACUGGACACCCUACAAAAGGAGAAGCUUCUAUGGCCUACCUGUUUACCUUCACCUGUGCACAAUCAGAUUGAUGCUGUGAGCAGAGAUUCACUUGUGCUAAGCUCACCACUUCUUAGAAGCAGACAGCUUCUUUAUGAUGACUUAAAUGGAGUAAACCCACAACUUCGAGAACCCCAAGAUCUUUUUUCAUUUUUCUCUGGCAGAGGGCCUCUGCAGGCUCCAAGAUGGCCAAUAGAAUGUGAAGUCAUCAAAGAAAACAUUCAUCACAUUGAAUGGGUUCCGCCUGAACCAGAAUAUUUCUAUCAACCUACAGGAAAUGAAAAAGUACCAGAAAUUAUAGGAGAGGAAAAAGGAAUAGUUGUCUAUCAGUUACUUUCAGUGCCCACCGAAGGUUCCUAUUUCACUAGCUCUAGAGUGGGAGGAAAACGAGGAGUUAUCAAGGAACCUACUGUCAUGUUGCAAGGACCAGAAGAUAAUACGCUCCUGUUUGAAUCAAGGUUUGAGAGUGGGAAUCUGCAAAAAGCUGUCAAAGUAGGCACCUAUGAGUAUGAGCUCACCUUGCGAACGGACCUCUAUACGAAUAAACACACUCAGUGGUUUUAUUUUCGAGUUCAGAACACCAGAAAAGAUGUCACUUACCGCUUCACUAUUGUCAACUUGCUGAAACCAAAGAGCCUUUAUGCUGUCGGGAUGAAGCCACUCAUGUACUCUGAGUUGGAUGCUAACAUCUACAACACUGGCUGGAAGAGAGAAGGAAAUGAGAUAAAGUACUAUAAGAACAACACUGAUGAUGGCCAGCAGCCCUUCUACUGCCUCACAUGGACCAUUCGGUUUCCACAUGACCAGGAUACUUGCUUCUUUGCACAUUUUUACCCAUAUACUUACAGUGAUUUGCAGUGCUAUCUCCUGUCAGUAGCAAACAACCCCAUCCAGUCUCAGUUCUGCCAUCUCCGAACUUUAUGCAGGAGCCUAGCAGGAAAUACUGUGUACUUGCUCACCAUCACCAACCCAUCCAGGACCCCUGAAGAGGCAGCUGCAAAGAAAGCUGUUGUGUUGAGCGCCAGAGUCCACCCUGGGGAGAGUAAUGGCUCCUGGAUUAUGAAAGGCUUUUUGGACUUCAUCCUUAGCAAUUCUCCAGAUGCCCAGCUCCUCAGGGAUCUCUUUGUCUUCAAGGUGGUUCCCAUGUUAAAUCCAGAUGGUGUGAUUGUGGGAAAUUAUCGGUGUUCACUGGCUGGAAGGGACUUGAACAGGCAAUAUAAAACUAUUCUGAAAGAGUCUUUCCCUUGCAUUUGGUACACCAGGAAUAUGAUCAAAAGACUUCUGGAAGAAAGAGAGGUUCUCUUGUAUUGUGAUUUCCAUGGGCACAGCCGCAAGAAUAAUAUCUUCCUGUAUGGCUGCAACAACAAUGAUCACAAGCAUUGGCUUCAUGAGCGAGUGUUCCCUUUGAUGUUAAGCAAAAACGCACCAGACAAGGCAGUAAAAGAGACACUCACUUUACCACUGAGGAUCUGAAGUCCCUAGGUUAUCAUGUCUGUGACACCCUUUUGGAUUUCUGUGAUCCUGACCAAACCAAGUUCACUCAGUGUCUAAAAGAGCUUAAGGAGCUCUUACAACAGGAAAUCCAAAAGAAGUUCAAUGAACUUGGACAAGACAUGGAUUUAGAAAGAAGUUGGAGCGAUAUACC